AUGCAUGCGCAUAACGAAAGCAAGGAAAAAAAAAAGCACAUCUUGAGCAAUCGACCACAGUCUUUUUCGAUACGCUUGGAACAGAUGUUAACUAGACAAUUCUCAUCUUCUAUUCCCAGUUUCAAGAGAUUGACCGAAAAUGCAUUCUCCUUAAACGAGUGGUUGUUCAGAAAGGAGCUUUUUAAGUUGUAUCGCAGAAUAGUGAGAACUGCCUAUAAAACGCAUGAAAGAAGAGAACUUAUUGAAUUUGCGAAAGGUCAAUUCAUACAGAACAAGGAAGUAGCUGAGUUAAACCAGAGAAAAUAUCUACUUAACGUUGGAAUGAAGCAGUUUAGGGACAUGAGUAAGACUAUGGGAUUUCUGCUUGACGUAGGAUUGAAGCCAUCAGAUUUGUAA